UUCAUUUCACACCAUUCUCUCUCAUUCUUGAAACCGAACCUGAAGUUAAAGACUAAGGGAAAAAUGGCCCAUUACCAUGGCGACUAUGGAAAGAAUGACGAAGUGGAAUUUGUCCGAACUGGCUAUGGGAAGGACAUGGUCAAAGUUCUCCAUAUUCAGAGAGAUGGAAAAUACCACAGCAUCAAAGAGGUGGCGACGUCGGUGCAGUUGACUCUGAGAUCCAAAAAGGAUUACCUACAUGGUGAUAAUUCCGACAUCAUCCCUACAGACACCAUCAAGAACACUGUGCACGUCCUGGCGAAGCUCAGAGGGAUCAGAAACAUCGAGACCUUUGCUAUGAACAUCUGUGAGCACUUCCUCUCUUCUUUUAACCAUGUCACCCGAGCCCAUGUCUACGUGGAAGAAGUCCCCUGGAAGCGAUUUGAAAAGAAUGGAGUGAAGCACGUCCAUGCAUUCAUCCACACUCCGACAGGAACGCACUUCUGUGAGGUGGAGCAGAUGAGAAAUGAACCUCCCGUCAUUCACUCUGGAAUCAAAGACCUCAAGGUCUUGAAAACAACCCAGUCUGGAUUUGAAGGGUUCAUCAAGGACCAGUUCACUACUCUCCCUGAGGUGAAGGACCGAUGCUUUGCCACUCAAGUGUACUGCAAAUGGCGCUACCAGAGACGGGAUGUGGACUUCGAGGCUAUCUGGGGCGCUGUCCGGGACAUUGUCCUGCAGAAAUUCGCUGGGCCCUAUGACAAAGGCGAAUACUCACCUUCCGUGCAGAAGACCCUCUAUGACAUACAAGUGCUGUGCCUGAACCAGCUUCCUGAGAUCGAAGACAUGGAAAUCAGUCUUCCGAACAUUCACUACUUUAACAUUGACAUGUCCAAAAUGGGGCUGAUCAACAAGGAAGAGGUUUUGCUGCCUCUCGACAAUCCCUACGGCAAAAUAACAGGGACGGUCAAGAGGAAGCUGCCUUCAAGGCUGUGAUGUUAUGGCUCCAGCCAGUUGUGAUGCUGGGAUUACUGUGUACUUGCCUGCAAAAAUUUCAACUCAGGAUAUUGAUUACUUUGUUGUUGCUGUUGUUGCUGUUGUUGUUCCUAGUUCAACAAGGAACUUGUAGUUGUGUAUGUGAAGUCCCAGUUUAGCAAGCCCAACCUGCUACAUGGCCGUGGGCAGUUUCCUUAAAAAUUACUGGGCAGUGUUAGGAGAAUCACAGUGAUAGUUCUCCUUGCUUUUCUUGUGUUCUCUGCCUUAGAAUCUGUCUUUAGAAUCCAAUCGUCAUAAAGACAUAAUCAUAAAGUACUGGCUGCUGCCACACUGAUUAAUGGGAACACAAGAAGCAAAGGCUGUCAUCAUCCCAGGGAUACGUCUGGAUCUAACUGAAAACAGAAUAAAACCCUAUGAAAUAAAAGUCAUCACAAUGUUUUUAAAAACUCUGGCAGUCUGACUAGCACUCACCACGGAGGAAGGCGGGUGGGCACGAAAUCCAACCCUAGCUCAGGAGUUACUGGUGUUUGGUUGAGGCUGGAAGAGGGGGUGUGACACCUGGUAUGUCAAUCAGACUGAAGGGCACCAGGUUGCCUGCCUAGAAGUGGUCAGAUAAACCCAAACUGGCCUCAGCGGGAGAGAAAGAAUAUGAAGUGAGGAAGACUUGGAAUGAGCUGGGAUGGGAGGUGAAUAUUAUCAAAAUGUAUUGUAUAAAAUUCUCAAAUAAUUAAUAAAAACAUAAUUUUAAAUGUUUAAAA